UUAGCUUGAACAUUGCAUCAUGUUGAUAAAAAUUGUUUCAUUUAAUUACAAUGCUGAAAUAAGGGGUUGUAUAUGGAAGUCUUGAUUGUUUUUUAAGAUUUUUAAAAUAAAUAUAUUUUUCAUAGUACAAUACAUAUUUUUUUAUUUUUGUUCAUACACAAUCGUGAAUUAUUUGCUUGAUUUGAUUAAACUAUCACUCAAAUUGAAUGAUUAAACAAAUUCGAAUUUUAGCAUAGACUGUCGAGAUAAUUGGUAUCGGUGUUUGUCAUGUUUAUUUUUCUUGAAAUGUAUGGUACCAGUGUUCUUAUGUCGUCAUUGAACACUUCAUUGAACACUUCAAUUCAAUGUGCAAUAUUCCAACCAAUGAUAUUUGUGUUGAGUUUUUAAGAUUAUCUUCAUUUAUAAGUUAGAAAAAAUUCUAAAUUAAUUAUUAAAAUAUGAAAAUAGAAUUAUCAAACACCAAAAAAUACUUACAGGAGACUUAGUGGGCUAACUAACAGUGAUAGAAAAGUACUAUGUUUUUCAUAAUUUUAACUUUCCCUAUGUUUUGUUUUAAUAAAGUACAACAAAUGUGUCUAGUCUAAUUGGUUACAAUUCUUGUCUUUUAUGGAAGAGACCAUCGUUCAAAUCCUAGUAUUGAUAUGUUUUUAUAUGAAAUAAACAACUGAUUGUGUAGACGAAAAUACCCUUCCUACUUUCACUCUCGUUACAGGAAAUUUGAAAUGGGGCAAAUCAAACUCUCUUUUACGAUUUGGUGGCAGAUCAUCAUCUCAAGACAUGAAUCAAGAAUCAGAAGAACGUUAAUCAAUAAUGGAGGGUGAACUAAACGAGUUUCUGCCCUCUAUAUAUUUACCUAUAUAUCAAACGACCAGAGGCGAACCUAAGAAGGGGCAGGGUGUGUCGUCCGACACACCCUCGCUCGAGAAUUUUACGAAGGACCUACAUAUUUUUUGUACAAAAUUUUUUACUUCGGGAUAGCCGACACACCUUCAAUAAUUAUAGCCGACACACCUUCAUUAUACUCGAAGAAAUUAUUAUCCAAAUGAAUCAAUCUUAAUCAUAAUCCUUUUUAAUUUUGUUUAAAAUAACUCCUAAAGCAUAAUCCUAUCCUUCAUAUAAAAAUAACACUCUCAACUCAUACAAUAUAGUGUUGGGCAUGGGCCUAUAAUUAAAUAGAGAAAAAAAAAUCAUAAGCCAAAUGGGCAAUAGCCCAAUCGGCCACCUCCUCCCAUUAUUAUUCCUUCCCUCCCAAUCCAAUUAAUGGCCCAAUCCCCAAAUUAAUGGCCCAAUUGCCAUUUCCCUGUCCAUAUCCCAAGCCCCAGCGACCCAUCCCCAUUAUUCCCCCUGUUCCCUCUUCUCUCGCUCGCAAGUCGCAAAAAAUAUAAUCCCCAGACCCCUAGGCGAACCAAAAACCCAGGCGAAGGCAGAACCGGCAAGUCGGCACGGCAACCCAGGGAGGCCUCGGCGGACAUCCCUUCACCGGCGGGCGGCACCGCGGCGGCAACUCCUCGUAGCCGGUGAAGUGGGCACUUCUUGUAGCUGGCCAAAUGUAAGUAAUUUUACUGUUAUGAACACUAAAUUGCAAAGUUUAAGGGUUUUUCUUGUUUUCCCAUUUAACCCAAAUUUUAUUUGUCAAUUUGUAAUUCAUGGAUGAAUUGAAUGGAUUUGUUUAUAAGCUAAUUUAUAUUGUACUCUGUAUCCAGACAUGGAGAGAUUUUACCCAAAGGUCCCAAAGAAAGCCAAAACUACUCCACAAAUUACCAAUUUAGGAGGAGAAUCAAGUAAAAGGAAGCAUGAUGAUUCUCAAUCUUCCUCACCAUCGAUUAAUCAAACAAGUGGCAUCUCAAGUAAGUUUUCUUCAUUUCCUGAAGAAAAUGAGAAUGAUGAGGUUGAUGUGAACAAAUUGGAAGCCGAUCCGGGGUUGAGGAGAAAGUUUUCAACUUUCCCUAUUAAUAUGCAAGAUGAGAUUAGAAGAGCAUAUCUGAUAAAGGGUCCUUGUCAACCAAAAGGUUCUUUCCCAUAUACCGACUAUAGUGGAGAAAAACGAAGAUUUAAUCCUUCUUGGUAUACUGGGCACAAGGGUUGGCUAGAGUAUAGUGUUCAUGAUGAUGCAGUAUACUGUCUACCUUGCUAUUUGUUUGUAUCUGAAUCUAAAAAUGGUAGUGGAGAAGCAUUCAUAUCAAAUGGGGUGAGAUGUUGGAAUAGGAAGACGCGAUUAGAUGAUCAUGUUGGUGGCCCUAAUAGUUCUCACAAUGUGGCUGCUAAGAAAGGUGAAGAUUUGUUGAGACAAUCACAGAGCAUCUCAAGUGCAUUGGUGAGACAAACAGAUAAACCAAAAAGAGAAUAUCGUAUUCGUUUGCAGGCAUCAGUUACUACCACUAAGGCUCUUCUACACCAAGGAUUGCCAUUUCGAGGGCACGAUGAAAGUGAAUCUUCAGAAAACAAAGGAAAUUUUCGUUACUUUUUGGAGGUUAUUGCUAAUGAGAAUAAGGAAGUGCGAAGUGUUGUGUUGGAGAAUGCUCCGAAAAAUCUUCAACUGACUUCUCCCAAGAUUCAAAAGGAUAUUGUUCGAGCAAUAGCAUCUCUAAUAAGUCAAGAGAUCAUCAAAGAUCUUAGAGAUUCUUUUUUCUGCAUAUUGGUGGAUGAAUCUCGUGAUGUGUCAAUUAAGGAGCAAAUGGUUCUGGUUAUACGUUAUGUUGAUAAGAAUGGUUGUGUUAUUGAGAGAUUUCUUGGUAUUGCUCAUGUCGCUGAUACUAGGGCUGCUACACUCAAAAAGGAGAUUGAAUCAAUUCUUGGAUUACAUGGGCUAAGUUUGGCAAGGGUGAGGGGGCAAGGAUAUGAUGGGGCUAGUAACAUGAGAGGUGAAAUCAAUGGACUGAAAUCAUUAAUCUUGGUUGAGAAUCCAUCUGCUCAUUACAUUCAUUGCUUUGCUCAUCAACUUCAGUUGACACUAGUAGCUGUUGCAAGAGAUCAUGUGCUCAAUAAUCGCUUCUUUGAGCAUUUUGCUUCAUUGCUCAAUGUGAUUGGUGGAUCACCUAAGAGGGUCGAUUCUCUUCGAGACAAGCAUGCCGCAAGGGUUAUUGAGGCUCUAUCUACUGGUGAUUUGGAGAGUGGACAAGGAUUGAAUCAACAAAUAGGGUUGAAAAGGCCCGGUGAUACACGUUGGGGAUCCCAUCUUGGGGCACUUACAAAUCUUAUGGAUAUGUUCAGUUCUGUGGUUGAUGUACUGAAUGAGAUGCAAUUUGACACACGUUCAAAGGAGGCACAAGGUAAAGUAGUGAAUUCUCUGCUUCAAAUGCGAACUUUUGAGUUUGUCUUUCACAUGAAGAUGAUGAUUGAAGUGCUUGCAAUUACAAAUGAGUUGUCUAUAGCAUUACAAAGGAAAGAUCACGACCUUGUUAAUGAUAUGGAACUCAUUAAUUGCUCAAAGAAGAGACUACAAGAGUUGAGAGAUGAAGGGUGGGAACCUCUAUUUGAUGAUGUGGUUUCAUUCUGCACUAAGGAACAAAUUCAUGUUCCUAACAUGAAUGACUUGUUCACUUUUGCUGGAAGAACAAGACGUAGCACCCCUCAUCAGCCUACAAACUUGCAUUACUAUCAAGUCGAUUUAUUCUAUGCAGUUAUAGAUUUGCAGUUGCAAGAGUUGAAUACUCGAUUUGGUGAGGUGAACACUCGAUUGUUGGACUGCAUUUCUUGUUUUAGUCCAGCUAACUCUUUUGCUUAUUUUGAUAACGCAAAGUUGAUGAGUCUUACUGAGUUUUAUCCCGAGGAGUUUCCAUCCAAUGUGCUCUCACGACUUCAUCAACAAUUGGGGGGCUACAUUUCUCAUGUCAAGGAGGAUAAGAGCUUUGAUGGAUUGCGAGGAAUCGAUGAGCUAGCUAGGAAAUUGGUGGAAAGGGGAAAGGACACUCUUUAUCCUUUAGUUUACUUGCUGUUAAAGUUGGUGUUGACCUUACCUGUGGCAACUGCAAGCUGCGAAAGAGCAUUUUCAGCUAUGAAGAUAAUCAAGAACGAUCUUCGAAAUCGGUUGAGUGAUCAAUUUAUGAAUGAUUGUUUAGUUGUGUAUAUUGAAAAAGAUUUGCUUUGCAGCAUAAGUGAUGAAUGUAUUUUAGAGACAUUUCAGCAGAUGAAAAGUUGUCGCGGUUCGUUGUAAACAUGACAUUGUGAACUUUAUGAAUUAAUUUCUUUUAAUUUU